AUGGCUUCUUCAGUCGCAGAGUUGACUCUCCCCAUUCAUGGCUUUCAAGUCAUAAUUUCACAACUUUUUGAGGUUGUGGGAGCUCAGAUAUCGCUUCUUCAGAAAUUCUUAGACUCACUGUUGCUGCUGCAACAUUUGGAUGAGGGUGAAGCUAAAUGUAGAGAUGAAAGUGGAAAUAUUUUAUUUGAAACGGUUGUCCACAAUGAAAAAGAAGCUUACGAAGUAUAUUGUGCUUACGCGCAUCAUAUCGGAUUUAGUGUCCGUAAGGAGCACGACACAUUCUGGCCUAACUCCAAGAAUCUUAAGACGAAAGACUUUGUUUGUGGGAGAGCAGGUUUCAAGAAAGAGUUGAAGGCCACACAAAUUGUUAAGUACAAAAGAGCGGACACAAGAAGCGGGUUUCCGGCUAUGAUUCGUUACGCAGUUGAUGCUGAAGGCAAUUGGACAGUUAAAAAAUUCAUUGAGUCUCAUAACCACUCCUUAGCUAACCCUGGUGAGAAGCAUCUGUUGUGGUCUAGUAGAAAGAUAAGCGAAGUGAACGCAGAGGUUCUCAAAUUGAUGACACAGUCAGGAAUAAGACCUAGAGAUGCAUUUAACUUUCUAGCCACAGAAGUUGGAGGAGUUGAGAAAUUGGAGUGCACCAAGAUAGAUGCCUUUAAUUUCAUUCAAAGAGAGAGGAGAUGUAGAAUUGAAAACGGCGAUGCCAAUGCUUUAUUGCAACUUUUCACAGAGAGACGUGUGGCACUUCUAGGCAUGAUUAUGAUUGCUUUGGUGAUGUUAUCAUUUUUUAUACGAGCUAUAGAUUAA